UCUACCUUACAUUUGGCUCCUCAGUUUCCCUUCUUCCCACCCACUUUCAUAACUCUUCCCUCACAUUUAAUUUAUUUCCCACCGUUCAAAAUCUGAUCUAGCCAUGCCACUCGCCGCCGCCGUAGCUUCCGGCCAAACUGUCUGCGUCACCGGCGCCGGCGGCUUCAUUGCCUCCUGGCUCGUGAAGCUCCUCCUCCAAAAGGGUUACACUGUCAGAGGCACUGUCAGAAACCCAGAUGAUCGGAAGAAUGCUCAUUUGAAGGAGUUGGAUGGAGCCAAGGAAAGAUUGACUUUGUACGGCGCUGAUCUUCUUGAUUUUGAGAGCCUCAAAGCUGCCAUUAUCGGCUGCGAUGGUGUUUUCCACACCGCUUCUCCGGUGACCGAUGACCCGGAAAAGGUGKAGCAGGCAAUAAUCGGGACGAAGAACGUCAUAAUGGCUGCAGCAGAGGCGAAGGUACGACGGGUGGUGUUCACGUCGUCGAUCGGAACGGUACACAUGAACCCUAACCGGAGCCCUGAAACGGUGGUAGAUGAAUCUUGUUGGAGUGACCUUGAAUUUUGCAAGAACACCAACAAUUGGUAUUGCUAUGCAAAAACAGUGGCAGAGCAGACAGCGUGGGCGAUGGCGAAGGAGAAAGGGGUGGAUUUGGUGGCAGUGAAUCCGAUGUUGGUGCUGGGGCCACUGUUGCAAGAGACAGUAAAUGCAAGUGUUGUUCAUAUAAUGAAGUACUUGACAGGUUCUGCCAAGACAUAUGCAAAUGCAGUACAAGGUUAUGUUGAUGUUAAGGAUGUUGCAAAGGCUCAUGUUUUGGUGUAUGAGACAACCUCGGCCUAUGGUMGAUAUAUUUGUGCUGAAACUAUGCUUCAUCGUGGAGAGCUUGUUGAAAUUUUGGCUAAGUUCUUUCCUGAGUAUCCCAUUCCCACCAAGUGCUCCGACGAGGUGAACCCCAAGAAAAAGCCCUACAAAUUCAGUGUGAAAAAGCUUAAGGAAUUGGGGAUGGAAUUCAAACCUGUGAAGCAAUGCAUUUAUGAAACUGUGAAGAGCCUUCAAGAGAAGGGCCAUCUUCCACUUCCAACCAAGCUUCACUCUGAAGCCAAUUAACUUAAUUACAUACUUAUUACCCUUAAAUGUAAUCCAAAUGUGUAUUUUAAAUUAAUUAGUCUAUAGAUCCUUAAGAUAUUCCCAUCUCAUCUCAUAUAUGUAUUUAGUUUAAACUCUCUAUCUCGAUCCAUCGAGGCAUAGUCCAUAUAUAUAAGUUUAAGUCUUAUA